AUGACCCUCUACCAGCGGGUUUCCGCCCUCAUCCUGGCCUCGGUCACCUCUCUCUGGGUCUCGGCUCCCGCCUUCGUCCUCGGAUUCUUCGCUGCCCUCUGGUCAGCCGCUCCUGCCCUCGCUCGCCCGGUCCUUGCCAUGCCCAACAAGGACACAUCCCUUGGAACGGUCGUGCGCUCCCUCUGGUCCCUCGGCACUCAGCUCGUCCCCGGUCCGGUCCAGGAGGUGCUCGGUGCAGUCUGGGUCGCCCUCGUCUCAGCCCUCGCCCUAGGUGUCGCCUUCGUCCCGGUCACGCUCUCCGCCCCGCUCUACCGCCUCGGUUACUGGGUCCUGACAGUCGUGCUCGGCCUCGCGUUCAAAUACGAGGUCGAGCUGGUCAUCACGGCUCUCAAUCACGUCGGCGCGCUCCUGGACGACAAGGCAUGGGCACAGGUGCUGGAGGCGGCCCUCCCCCCGCUCCGGGACGGCCGCUACCACCAGGGCGACAUCAACGAGGCAGCCAGCAUCCCCCUCGCGCCUGCGCCAACCCCCGCGUUCACCCGCGAGCCGUCACCCGCCGGCCGCUGGCGCGUGCCCCUCGGUCCGCGGCGCGACGCUGCCGUCCUCCGCUGGCGCUCCGACUCGGCGCGGUUCGAGGCCUGGAUCGACCCAGUCUUCCCAGGACCCACGGCCUACAUGUCCAUCGUCGUCCCCGCCCCUCGCACUGCCAACGUCUCCACCGCCACCGGUACCGACAGGACAGCGCGGUCCCAGGUCACUCCAUACCCCGCGACCUCCUCCCACGUCCACGCCUAUGGCGAGGACUCGCUACCCGGAGUCCCCAUGGUCAGGACCCCCGCCUCCACUGGCCGCCCGCGUACCCCCGGACCCAGGUGGUCUGAACAAGACAUACAGGGUGCGCGGCGCUAA